AACUUUUGCAAUCACCUAACAGACUAGGGUUUAAGCAAAAACCUAAGGAAACAUCCGUUAUUCUGAGAAACAAGAAAAAGGAAGCAAAGAAAACAAAAUGGCCAGCUAUGGCGCCGCAAGAUCCAUAUUCCGAUCUACCAUUGUUCGCAAUGCAACCUCCAAAUUUGCUUCUGCUACCAAACCUUCUGCUCGGUCUACCUUUCGGGCGCCUAUCAAUAACGCAUUAUCUCAACGCAUCUUCAGGUGUCCCGUUGAAUUGAGUGCUUGUUUGGAAACGAUGCAGCCGUUCCAUACUGCCACUGCUUCGGCGUUGAUGACUUCCAUGCUUUCUUUAUCUAGGGGCAGUUAUGGUUGGGUUCCUGAUGGUAUCUAGCCCACAUUUUUGAGCCCCUUGAUGCCUUUUCCUUGCUUUGGACCUUCUGUUAAGCUCGUAGCGGCUUUAGGACUACUUUACUUCUGAAGAAUCUCCUAAGUGCUUCCUACAAAGUUUCAAAUUUUCUUUUCAAUUGGUCACAUCAUGGGAGAUUUUUUCCAUGAAUUGAUGCUGUCUGUUCGAACUUAACAAAGUUUCGAAGUCUAUUCUCAUAGCAGUUUAAUGUAGCAUAUCAUUGUUACUUAGCUUGUGAUUUAGAUAUGUUUUAACCGUGUAAGAGGGGACCAUUGUUGCUGUCUUCUGUGUUCCACUUGUUGUAGCUCUCUUUUGUGUUCCUCUUCUUGUAGCUGUCUUAUGUGUUCCAGUUUUGCAGCUUUUAUGCAUUAAUUUUCUUUUGGCACUUUGGUUGCUUUAUCAGGGAUGUGUUUGGUGGUAGAUUUAUGCAAUAAAAUGUGAGGUUUUGUUGGUUGAGAUCAUUAUCUUGAAAUGCUCUUUAAUUGGACCUUUUUCAUAACUUAUGACACAAGGUUUCCUAUUGUAGUUGUUAUUAUAGCUAUAAGCCUAUUACGCGUCACUUUGAAAUAGGUUUGAGUGUAAUGUUUGGCUACAAUCAUGUAUUUUACAUGCAAUGGCUCAAAAAUUUCAACGCGCGUGUGUGGGGGGCAUCAUUCAUGAAGCAUAUUACUAUAUUACUUGAUUACAAUUUUUUUCCCAAUUCAAAGACACUACUCUGUCCGACCUUGUCUAAUACUUAUCUAUAAUUAAAAAAAUCAAUUCCAGUGGCCAUUUUACUUAUAUUCUAUGCCUCCAUUCAUUGCUAUCUAUUUUUUAUAUGCUUUUACAAAUCCCAAUUCAUAAAAGCAGUUUUUUCUGUGGUAUUUUCACAGGGAAAAGAGUUUCAUUUGUUUAUUUAUUUAAAACAUGUUAUCUUGCUAAUAUUUAUAUACUCUUAUGUUCAUAAAUCUCCCACUAGACUUACAACCGACUUCUGUUCAUUCAGUGAUCAUCUGCUCAUGUAUCAAUUAUCAUUCUUGUAUUUGUAAGCAUUUUGAAUGAGCAUUCGUCUGUAUCCAUGCUUGUAUUGUUUAGUUAGAUAGUCUUCAUUCUUGCAACAUUGGCUUGAAUCCUUUUAAAGAGUUUUGUCAUGCUUAUAAAAUAUUUCAUCAGCUAUUAUUGUUACAAAGUAGAUUUAAAAUAUUCAUUGAGCAGGCUGACUGA